CAGCGCACAUCAUUUGUCCCACCUUCAAAUUCACGUCUGAGCUAUUUGCGCAAGGACAGUGGAGGCGCAAUAUGGCUGGGGAGCACUUGACGAACGAUGAGUUCUUCAAGCAACUCGCGAAUCUAUUCGAGCUCAAUCGCACCAAAGGCCACGGCAGUGUGUACCUCACGCAGAAGCGCUUCACAUACAGAAAUGUGCAACUCCCUUCAGCGGAUAAAAUGAUUGAGGAUCCGCUAUGGGACACAUAUCACCCAGAGCAGCCAGUGCCAGUCUUAAUCCGGGCAUCAAAUAACGAUUCGUCGAAGCGGGCGGGGACGGAGAGGAAAAGCGUCGAGAAGAUAAAGAUAUCCACAGUUGUGCAACCGGACCAAAUAGAGGAGUUUUAUGCGCGGUAUGCCGAAGCUUGUAAGGCAGGAAUGAGCGGGUUGAAGAAGAGGGAUAGGAAGAAAGGCAAGAAAGACAAGAAGAAAAAGAAAGGUGCAAGCGCAGAGACGAAAGUAUGAAGAGGGAAGUGUAAACAGGCAAGCACAGCGAUACAUUGAGCAUAUGGUUAAAUGCCUCAUGGAACUUGAGUCUGGAAACACGUUUGUCUUCCAGCGGAUGGGAACAUUCACAUAUCCCGUGAUGAGCACUUGGAGGCGCUGUUCCCUCUAGGGGUAGGAGUCGGAACCAUCACACACAGAACUGGCGAGGUGGGAGAGAGGGUAUUAGACGCCAAAUACUGAGAGAAGCCAAAAGAGAACCCAGACGUAUUCGCCUGUAAAGUUAAUACCUCCAUCGAAUCACGCUCGACCCCACGUAUUACGUGAAUCAGAGCUCUAUUUCCUG